UCAACGUUGGUAAGGAAUAUCCCGCGCCCUCCUGUCCCACAAACCCGCGUUGCGUGCCUAAACAUAGGGACGAUUGCAAGCACGUUAGUUUUUGUGAAAAGUAAAAUAUGUCGGUAAAUCUUAAUGCACCUCCUAGUUCAGCAUCGUCGGAUAGCGACGCAAGUGAGCCGAAAGAGUGCGAAACGCUUGAUCUCAACGUGGGAGUCCAUUCGAGCGACAGUGGUUACGAUGCGGAAAUGCCACCAGACUGCUGUCCGGCCUCGCCGGCCACGGUACCAACAAAAACGACACGUUCGAACUCGUUCGGUUCGCAGCUCCGUUCGCCAAAACCCCGGCGCCAGCGAACGACAUCGGUGAAUCAAAAUACCAUCAAUUCGAAUGAGGCGAUUAUUCGGUCAAACAAUCGCACGAUUUACACAGCCGGUCGUCCACCCUGGUACAACUGCGCUGGGCAGCAAGUGGAACCAUUCGUGAUAGGUAUCUGCGGUGGCAGCGCGUCGGGCAAAACUACCGUUGCGCAGAAGAUCAUUGAGAGCUUGGACGUGCCGUGGGUAACGCUGCUAUCGAUGGAUUGCUUCUACAAAAUACUUAACAACAAGCAGCACGAACAAGCGAACCGUAACGAGUACAACUUUGAUCAUCCGGACGCAUUUGAUCUGGAGUUGAUGAAGGAUGUGCUGCAGCGGCUAAAGGAGGGCCGGAAAGUCGAAGUACCGGUGUACAAUUUCGUUACCCAUUCGAGGGAAACACACACGAAAACAAUGUACGGUGCGAAUGUAAUCAUUUUUGAAGGCAUCCUGACGUUCCACAGCAAGGAAAUUCUUAAAAUGCUAGACAUGAAGAUAUUCGUCGAUACAGACGCGGACAUUCGACUGGCGCGAAGACUUAAGCGGGACAUCAUGCAGCGUGGUCGCGAUUUGGAGGGUGUACUCAAACAAUAUUCGACCAUGGUGAAACCUGCGUAUAGUUGCUACAUCGCUCCUACCAUGGCACACGCGGACAUCAUAGUGCCACGUGGAUCGAGCAACAUUGUUGCCAUUCAGCUAAUUGUGCAACACGUUCACACCCAGCUGCAGUUGCGAGGAUUUAAACUGCGGGAAGCAUUAGCUCAUUCCUAUAUUGGACAGCCAAUGCCGGAUUCGCUGAAGCUGCUUCCUACGACGCCUCAGAUUAAAGGACUGCACACGUUUAUACGAAAUGCUAAUACAGCGCGUGACGAAUUCAUAUUUUACUCGAAGCGUUUGAUACGUCUAGUAUUGGAGUACGCGCUGAGUCUCUUACCUUUCCGUGACGUCGAGGUAGAAACGCCCCAAAAUAUGCCGUACAAGGGAAAACGUAUGGCUUGUCAGAAAAUCUGUGGCGUAUCAAUAUUGCGCGCUGGAGAAACUAUGGAACAGGCCGUGAGCGAUGUAUGCAAGCACAUUCGCAUUGGAAAGAUUUUAAUCCAAACGAAUCAACUUACGGGAGAACCGGAGCUUUACUAUUUGCGUCUGCCGAAGGACAUUAAAGACUAUCGUGUGGUGUUAAUGGAUGCAACAGUUGCUACAGGGGCUGCAGCUAUAAUGGCCAUUCGUGUGCUGCUAGAUCACGAUGUACCCGAGGAGAACAUUAUGCUCGUAUCGUUACUGAUGGCAGAAAUCGGCGUACAUUCAAUAGCGUAUGCGUUUCCCAAAGUGCAGAUAGUCACGUCUGCGCUUGAUCCGGAGAUAAAUGAGAAAUUUUACGUCAUACCCGGUAUUGGCAAUUUCGGCGAUCGUUAUUUUGGCACCGAACCGACCGAACCGUCUUUGCUAUAUGAGUAGCAAAUAGACAAACAAACAAAACACAAUAACCCACUAUUGAGAGUUAGUGUUGAUGCACAAGCGCAAUAACUGGGUCAGACCCCCCGCUCGCAAUGAAUCCGUUCUCCUAUUUGACAGUUUCGUCUUCGAUGGUUGGGGACGGUUAAUACUAUUAGCAUCUCUUAUUGAAUUUUAAGUUAUACAAUUUUAACGCAUCAUGCAUCCUACGUUUAGCUGAGUUUUAGGGAUUAGGUAUUUUUAAUUAUAAUCAUGUAGCAAAAAUCUAGACAUGUCUGCUCUUUGUUAAAAAAAUAGAUUUACUUAUGUUCUUGUGUAAUCUUCUAGCAAUAGGUUGAAUUUGUGUAAUAAAAAACAUGUUCAAAAAUGGUGCAUUCACUACAAA